GAAACAGAACUACAGAAGGAGAGCGGAAAGCUUUUUCCUGGUUAGAAAUAUAAAGCCGGAUUUUCUUGGGCGCGGAGGCUCAUCGGCAAAGGAAAAGAACCGAAGAAAGUUGAAAAGAAAUGUCACGGAGCAUCUCGUACAUUACCUCCUCUCAGCUCCUCUCCCUGAAACGUCGACCCAAUAUUGCCAUCGUAGACGUUAGAGAUGACGAAAGGAGUUACGAUGGGCACAUAGCUGGAUCGCUCCACUUCGCCAGCGAUACUUUUCUUGACAAAAUCCCGAGUCUUAUUGAUGCCGCUAAAGGGAAGGACACCUUGGUUUUCCAUUGCGCUCUCAGCCAGGUUCGUGGACCAAGAUGCGCCAGAAGGUUUGCUGAUUAUCUGGCUGAAAUGAAAGAAGAUGCCGGAAUAAAAAAUAUUAUGAUUCUUGAACGUGGAUACAACGGAUGGGAAGCCUCGGGUAGACCUGUUUGCCGCUGCACUGAGAUCCCGUGCAAGGGAGACAGCAGAGUACCUUCAGUUUAGAUGUGGCUUUGCCUAAGGGGGACCUAAUUGCCCUUGAAAGAUAUAUACAAGCUGGAACUCAAAUCCGAACAAUCAUAUACGUGCUCCACGUAAUAUAGAAUUUGGAAAGAAGCUUCAAAUUUUUUGACCAGGAAUGUAUUUGUCAUGAAUGCGUUUUUAUUUUUGAAAGGGAGAAUCUACCAACAUUAAGCUCA